AUGAAAGAGUUAGAGGCAUGGAGAUUCGAAUUUUGUGAGGAUAAUAAGAACAAGAAGAUCGAUCGAACACGUUCAGUUUCCCCUUUCAGUCAAGAACCAGGAACUUCUCGCGUUCCUACCAUCGAGGAUCAAAGUCAUAGUGACUCGACGGCAAAGGAGUCCUAUCACAAAUGCCAGGAUACACUUCUAUCAAAGAACUGUUUAAUGAGGCAUCAGAGUGGAUUCUUAUACCAUAAAGAUAUAACCAUAAUCACAAACGCAACAAAACGACAGAUGGAACAUAACCAAACCCCGGAUGUCCUAUGCAUAAUCAAAUUUCACUCACCAGAUUACUCUUUGGUUGAAGAGGCGAUCCUGGAUAUGAUUGUACAUUCUCCUACUGGACACAGGGUUGAGGGAAUGCUUAGUGGAUCUCCGCAACGGCAUAGCAACAUCCGUUACUUCCACUGGGAAGAUGAGGCUGCAGUUGAUCGGUGCAUUGAGGAAUAUCAUGGGCUCUGGAUAAUCGACAGGUUUGGGAGGUUGAGAAGUAAGAUGUUAGUUACUAAGGUAUACCUCACACAUUCUCAUCGCUAA